AAUACUCUCAUUCUCCCCGUUCUCAUUUCUCAAACUAAAAGCUAACGAGUUUCGUUCUUUCUUUCAGUCGUUGUUCAUUAAUGGCGACUAGUAACUUCUCGCCAGCUGCUACUAGAUUCAUAACUCUGCUUUUCUCGUUGGUCCUACUUUUACAUGCCGGAGAAAGUGAUAUUCGGCUGAAUUACUAUUCGGAAAGUUGCCCAAGAGCUGAAGAAAUCGUCAAGGAACAGGUUACCAAGUUGUACCAUAUACAUGGUAAUACCGCGGUCUCAUGGGUCAGAAAUUUGUUCCACGAUUGCAUGGUCAAGUCGUGUGACGCGUCUCUUCUAUUAGAGAACACGAAAGGUCUUGAAUCGGAGAAGAUGUCUCCGAGGAGCUUCGGAAUGAGGAAUUUUAAAUAUGUUAACACGAUCAAACAAGCUGUGGAGAAGGAGUGCGCUGAGACUGUUUCUUGUGCUGAUGUUAUUGCUCUUUCCGCACGAGAUGGUGCUGUUAUGUUGGGAGCUCCGCAUAUCGCCAUGAAAACGGGGCGAAAAGACAGUACGGAAAGCUAUGCAGGAGUCGUGGAGAACUUCAUCCCUAACCAUAAUGACUCUAUGUCCUUUGUACUUUCUCAGUUUCAGGCGAUCGGUAUUGACGCCGAAGGAGUUGUUGCCUUGUUGGGAGCUCAUUCAGUUGGCAGAGUACAUUGUACAAAUCUUGUGCAUAGACUCUACCCCGAAGUCGAUCCUACUUUGGACCCUGAUUACGCGAUUUAUCUUAAAAACCGAUGCCCGUCACCUUAUCCAGACCCACAAGCUGUUGAAUAUUCAAGAAAUGACCGUAAAACACCUAUGAUCCUUGAUAAUAUGUACUAUAAAAACAUAUUGGAGCACAAGGGACUCUUGAUAGUUGAUCAACAAUUGGUUUCUGAUCCAAACACAUCUCCUUUCGUAGAGAAGAUGGCUUCCGAUAUGGGUUACUUUCAUGACCAGUUCUCCAGAGCACUUCUUUUGUUAUCUGAAAAUAAUCCACUUUCCGACGAUCAAGGGGAGGUACGAAAAGAUUGUCGCUAUGUAAAUUAAAUACUCUAUAUCCAAAUGGAAGCAGAAGAACUUAACAAUUUGGAUACCAAAAUACGUACGUGUUCACAAUAAACAAUGAUAAUCAAAGUUGAUGAGUACAGUUUCAUUUCCUUGGA